CUUGUGCGCAUAGCGCGUGGUCCCCUGAAUCAGCCAAUGGCCGGCCAUGAUUGUUGGGUCCAAGUUUUUCCAAGUUGUUGUGGGGCUCGAUAAUUGGUGACACACCAACUGCCAGUCAGCACCAUGAACUUCCGGUCAACAAUCAGCUGUCUGCCUCGUCCAGGUGCCGGAUGUUACGUCACAGUGCUGGUCUUAGCCCUUGUCACCUUGCUAGCAUCGGGUGAAGGUCAGCGUCACGCAUGGGAGGCUCCAGGUUGUCAUAGGGUUGGAUUCACACGGACUGUCAACAUCCCUGGAUGUGUCCCCUUUGACGUGACGACCAACGCGUGCCGCGGCUACUGUGUCUCCUACUCCGUACCCUCCCCCAUAGACACGCUGGCCUUUAACCCCAACUUCAUCAUCACCUCCAAGGCCGAGUGUUGCGGUAUGGUGGACACCUAUGACGUCAAGGUGUGGGUGGCGUGUAGAGACGGCUUCCAGCAGAAGACUUUCAAAUCCGCCAGAAGCUGCGCCUGCUCCAUCUGCAGGAGAGAACAAUAGGUCAAGGUCAUUUUCGUCAAUUUUCAGGGUCAACUGCAGCAGACAACUUUUCUCAUACAAAAACAGCUGACAUAAUGUUAAAAAACAAUUAGCAAUUUAACGUUAUGAAGUAAAAUGCUUUUCGAAUACAAUCAGCGUUAUAAUGACAUUCUAUCAAAGCUACCAAAGAACAUACAGCUGAUUUGAUAACAAAUCUUGUUAAAACUUGACAUUGGAUUUACACUUGCAAUUAGAAUUAAAAAUACUUCUAUUUCUACUGAUUAAAAUCGUAAAGAAAACAUAAAUAUAUAGAAUCUAGAACUUUUAAUAGCAAUGUUCUCAAUGGUGUGAACUAGUGUAAAGUUUUUGGUGGUUUUGGAGAAAUGAUGGUGUAUUAAGCGAGGUGCUAUACAUGUAGUGUACAUGGUUUAACGCGCGUUAAUCACGUUGUAAACAAAUUAAACACGUGUUUAGCUUGUGUUAAACUGACCAGGUGCUGGUGGAGAUUUAAAAUGUAAAGCUCUAUAAAUAAACACCACGGUAUGUCA